AUGACCUCGGUCCCCCAACGGAAGAGGCCUCGCUCCUAUUGGAACACUCCAACAUCAGAUUUGCCUCGCGGCUCCCGUGGUGUACCUGUGUUAGUGCCAUCCGACAAUCAGCAGCCGCAAUUCGUCGCGCUUCGCCGCCUCGCGUGUGCCGGCACCACGGCUGCCAUUGCCGCCGCCGCGACCAACCCUGUGGAGGUGAUCCGAGUUCGCUUUCAGCUCGAAUCGGCUGCGACACGGCCGCCGUCCGUCUAUGACUUUGCUCUCCGCCUCGCCCGGGAUGAAGGCUUGGUGCGCGGGCUGAUGCAGCCCGGCGUCUCUGCUUGGAUGGCGUCGAUGGGCGUCGCCUUCAGGCCGACCGCUCGCACCGACCACCGCAUCCCCGGCGCCUCAGGCGUCUCUACGCCGGCGACCGCCUUUGCGGCGGGCCUCUCGACGGGUGCUCUCACAAACAGCCUCGCCUGCCCCUUCUUCAACGUCAAGGCGCUCCAGCAGUCCGCCCCUUCCUCCUCCUCCUCCCUCGCCGCGUCGCUGGCGUUGGUCAGCCGCUCCGCCGGAUGGGCGGGCCACUACCGCGGCGUGUCCGCGCUCUUCGUCCGUGGCGGCGCCCUCUCCGCGGGCCAGCUUGGAGGCUACGACGCAGCGAAGCGCGCCGUCCGCGCCAACGGACUCGCCGAGGGCGCCGGCACACACGUGCUCUGCUCCCUCCUCGCCGCCGGCUGCGCCGCCGUGCUCUCCCUGCCGCCGGACAUCGUCCUCAACAGGUACCAGGGCGCGCCCGCCGUCGGCGCGCACUACAGCAGCGUCGGCGACUGCGCCUCCCAGCUCGUGAGGAGGGAGGGGGUGCUGUCGCUCUGGCGCGGGCUCGGCCCGCAGUACGCCAAGCUGGCGCCCAUCUUUUUGAUGACGCUGCCGCUCUACGAACAGCUCCGCCGGCUGGCCGGGCUGGGGUACUUGCGCUAACGCCGCGAGCGAGCGGGACGUCCGGGGCCCAGUCAGUGCCGCCCACCGAUGAUGGUUGGCGGCGCCGAGUGCAGCUGCCCGUCCUUCGGGCUCGAGCCCCGCAGCCCUGGCACAAGGAAAAAAAGCUUGGUCCCGUACCCUGCGGGAAAAAAAUCCGCCUGUUG